AUGCCUCAGUAUCAGAAGCAGUGGUGCUGCACACAUGAGCAAUGCUUCCAGGCCCUCAAGGAGACCCAGAGACUCAAAGUCAGGGGUGUUGAUAGGCACCUCAUCAAGCAGGACUCCAGUGGUCAAAGAGAGGAACAAAGCAGGGACCAAGGUUUGCGGAGGGGAAACUGCUCAGCUGUUUGCAAGGAUGAGGUAUUUCUCAGGAAACCUUUAAUCCAAGAGGCAGGAGCCAAGAGGAAGGCCUCAGGAACCACCCGCCCCAGAACAGAGAAGUCCAGUCCCACAAAUCCCCCAAAUGCUGUCAGCCCUGGGACGCCCAGGACAGAUAGCCUCCGGGAAGUGAGGGCUUUGUUUGGAGGCUGGAGGACUCGGGACCAUAGAGGCAGGGGUUCCCAGGCUCUGAUAGACGGCACCGGCAGGACGCAGGGACCGCUGGCCCCUGAACAGUGGGCGUCCCCGCAGAGCCCCGCCCCUGCCGUCAGCCCUCGGAGACCCCACGCAGGGCCGGAUGCGGCUGCUCCCGACUUCCGCUUCGGAAGCGAGGGGCCCGACCGGUCGCCGCGGCGUGUGUUCGGCCGAGCGUGGGUUUUCAGGACUCGUCCGGAGCCAAGGGAGGUGAGGAAGCUCGUUGAUGGGAGUGUGGGCUCAGGUCAGCAGCCGGAGGGUUUCCAGGUAAUGCCAGGAACCAAGGAGAGGACCCUGAGAGUUGAGGGGACCACCUACACCACAAUAGCAGAUGAGAUCCUUCGUCUGAAGGUGCCACACCAGGGGCAGAAAGAGGGGGGGGUCCCAGACCCUUGGUAUCGACAAGAUGAGGGCGCUGAAUGGUUGAGGACCAACGAGUGCAGGACAGAGCAGGCCCCACAGAACUCCACAGGCAGGGCUGGCAGGCUGCAGCCUGAGGCUGACCACUCUCACUUCUUACACUGGCUUCUCCGGGGACAGGCUGACCAAGAACAAGAGCCUAGUGGUCCCUAGAGCAGUGCCGUCAAGGAAACGUGCAGAGCGGCCUUCUUCAAGUCAGGGAGGUACCUCCCUGCUGGAGGUGCUCACACCCUCUCACCUUCCCUCCUCCAGGUUCCAGCAUCACCUGCUCUCCUGCCCACUCUAGUCAUGCCUCGGGGGCGGAAGAGUAAGCUCCGUGCCCGUGAGAAGCGCCACCAGGCCCGGAGGGAGACCCAGAGUCUCGGGGGUGCUGCGGCCACGGCAGCAGAGAUAGAAGAGGCGCCCUCGUGCCCCGCUUCCAUUUCUCGGGGUGCUCCCCCGAGCCCCCCUGCUGCGGGCACUCGCCAGGAGGCUCAGGGAGCCCCAGCCCCUAGCUCUCGUGCUGCAGGGGUCUCAGGCCCAGGAUCUGAUGUACGUGCCAAGGGCAAGGUUAAGGCAAGGCAACAUUCCUCCCAGGCCUCAGCCUCCGGUGAGAGCUCUCACAGAGAUCUUCUAGCCAAGCGGGUGGGAAUGUUGACAACAUUCCUCCUGGAGAAGUAUGAAAUGAAAGAGCCCAUUUUAAAGGCAGACAUGCUGAAGCUUGUGACCAAGAGGUAUAAGGGGAAGUUCCCUGAGAUCCUCAGGAGAGCCGCUGAGUGCAUGGAGCUGGUCUUUGGCCUUGACUUGAAGGAAGUCAAGCCGAGUGGUGGUUCCUAUGCCCUUGUCAGCAAGCCAGAUCUCACCGAUGACGACGGCAGCCUGAGGAGUGGCUGGCGGCUUCGGAAGAAUGGGCUCCUGAUGACUAUCCUGUGUGUGAUCUUCUUGAAUGGCGACCGCGCCUCUGAGGAGGAGAUCUGGGAAUUCCUGAAUAUUUUAGGCAUCUGUGAUGGAAUGAAGCAUUCAAUCUUCGGGGACCCCAGGAAGCUUAUCACAGAAGAUCUGGUGCAGGAAAAGUACCUGGUGUACCGUCAGGUGCGCAACAGCGAUCCCCCACGCUAUGAGUUCCUGUGGGGCCGCAGAGCCCGUGCUGAAACCAGCAAGAUGAAAGUGCUGGAGUUUGUGGCCAAGGUCACUGGUACCGUCCCCAGAGCUUUUCCAGUCUAUUAUGAAGAGGCUUUGAGAGACGAGGGACAGAGAGCCCGAGCCAGAGCUGCGGCCAGGGCUCUUACUCGUGUCAAGGCCAGCGCGCGUUCCGAGGUCGUGUCUAGCAGUUCCUCCCACCCUUAG